CCAUAAAUAUCAGCUUGGUUAGGCUAAUUUUAGGAGCUGUAGUCAGACACCAGGGCAUGCAGGAUGUCUCUCAGGCCAAUUGGCUGGAUAUGUGGAGAGCUGGUCAGGAAAUUUGCUGGACAAGCCCAGAUAAUACAGAGAGUCGUCUUGGAAAUUAUAGAUGAGAUUAGGGAUGAAUUCCCCAAUUUACUGAGACUGACAAGCUCAAACCAGGAUGGCAAUCGCACCGUGCAGCAGUCUAGAUCUGUUGUGGCGAGAGUGUUCUAUUCCGCUCAUGCGGUAAUGGUUAGCUCUUCAAAAUCAAUAGCUAAAUUUGUGCAGCCACACCUUCUUCAAAAAUUGACGGACCUGCAAAGAGUAUCACAUAAUCUCUUGCAUAAACUGAAUGCUCCCAAACAACCUCUUUAUAAAAUGAAGACAGUCUCCAUUAAUAAAGCACUGGGAAGAAUUAAAAGCAUAAUUGAAACAGAAAAGAGCUCCAGGGAAAGCAGCAGUGAUGGUCUCGAUGCAGAUGGAUUUCCCAGAGUCAGGGAAAUGGCAAGCGAGUCUGCAACUUCCUCUGCACACGAAAUAUCUUCAGAGUUGACUAUUAAGGAAUCACCAAGCAGCGGAAGCAUCCAUACACUACUUUCGGCAAUAGAUAAAGAAAAUGAACAAUAA